CCGGACAAUUGAGUUCCGUGUGGUUACGAGUUUUAACCAUGUAUUGUUUACAGGUGGCGCUUUGCUGAAACGAAAAUAAGACGUACCGCCACCAAAGAUUUCGGUGGACUAAUAUUUGAAUCGACGGAAUCUGCCGUCAGUAAAUCAUAAAAGAUGGUUGUUGGGAAGAGUUCCAAGAUGCUGCAGCACAUCAACUACCGGAUGCGCUGUACAUUACAAGACGGUAGAACAUUUGUUGGAACUUUCAAAGCUUUUGACAAACAUAUGAAUCUUAUACUUGGGGACUGCGAUGAGUUCAGAAAGGUUAAGCCAAAGACUGCCAAAUCUGGGGAAAGAGAGGAGAAAAGAAGCUUGGGUUUGGUCUUGUUGAGAGGGGAACACUUAGUCUCAAUGACAGUCGAAGGGCCACCACCGUCUGAAGAGGGUAUGUCAAGAGUGCCAUUAUCAGGAGCCGCACCAGGGUCUGGGGCAGGUCGUGCUGCAGGAAGAGGUGUACAAAGUGGUCCUGGCGGGGCUGCCCCAGGCCUUCAAGGUCCAGUGAGAGGAGUUGGUGGACCUUCACAACAAAUGAUGAAUCCACAAGGAGGCAUGGUUUUCAGGCCAGCAGGUAUGAUGAGAGGAGGUAUGAUGGGUGGGCGUGGUGGAGGUCCGCCCCCAGGCAUGAGAGGACCGCCCCCAGGAAUGAUGAGAGGACAAGGACCAAGAUUCUGAGCUGUUCACAAUCACAACUAGAUGUUGUUAAUAUGUAUUCCAUGUGUAAUAAAAAAAGACAAUUGUACAGAAAAGGCAGCAAAUCUUUUGAGAGUGUGUUAAAUAAGAGGGACAAAAUUUGCAGCUUGGAAUUCAGACUGUGAAAUGUGGGGAUAUAAGGGUUUGCCGGGGUGGGUGGGGUAAACAUCUCGAAUGUUUUCUAAUUAGAAUAGCAUUAUGCCCCUCAUAUAGAUCUUAUGCAGCCUUGUUUUUGAACUAUAGCUUAAUUUUGUUUAAGCAGUUCCAAAUCUUAAAUAAAUGUUACUAUGGCAGUUUCACCUAGCAUUGUUUGCUGCCCAAAUCUUUUUAUCAUUUUCAUAUUAUGCAUUAUUAGAUAACGAUUUUUGUACUGAAUUAUAAGAAGUUAUUGAUGUGACACUACCUGUAAGAUGAUGUUGAGUGUGUCUAAAUUACUCUUGACUCUGAAAUACAGAAUAAUGUAGUGUAAGAGGGUCAUUUUUCUAAGCAUUUUCAUUUCAUUUUAUUCAUUGUUUUAAACAUUUAUGUAUCGUGAAAUCAUGUCAUUAAAAGUUGAUUUUA